AUGAUUGCAACCAGACAGCGGAAGAAGAUUUGUGAAAAUAUUGACACAAGUGAUGAUGGUGAUGAGACCAGUGAAGACAACUGUGAUGAGGACAGUGAAGGCAACGGCGAUGAGGACAGUGAAGACAACGGCGAUGAGGACAGUGAUGAAAACAGCGGCGGGGACAGUAAUGACAAAGGCGGUGGAGAAAGUGAUGACAACAGCAAUGAGGACAGUGUUGACAACAGCAGCGGGGACAGUGAAGACAACGGCGAUGAGGACAGUGAUGAAAACAGCGGUGUGGACAGUGAUGACAACAGCGGCGGGGAAAGUGAUGACAACGGCAAUGAGGACAGUGUUGACAACAGCGGCAGGGACAGUGAUGACAUCAGCCAUGAGGACAGUGAUGAAAACAUCUGCGGGGACAGUGAUGACAACGGCGGCGGGGAAAGUGAUGACAGCGACGAUGAGAACAGCAGCGGGGGCAGUGAUGACAACAGUGGUGGGAACAGUGAUGAGAACGGCAGCGGGGAUAGUGAUAACAACGGCGACUGGGACAGUGAUGACGAGGAUGAUGCUGUAAUUGAUGACGAGUCGGCUAGGAGAUUGCAGAGAUUAGAUCCCCGUGGUUUACCAGAUUAUAUGUUUCGAGAAAACUUUGGAUUUUCGAAAGCUGAAGUUGAUGAUCUGGUUUUUUAA